GUUCUGUGAAUCCUCUCGAAUUCCCAUCUAGUUCUGUGAAUCUUGGAUUGGGAUCUUGGGUUGGGAUCACUUACGUUUCAAGCGUCUGAUCAACCGGGAAAGAUCAAAUCUUUCAUCUCACCCCACAAUCUCUUAUUCUGUAACGAUUUUGAACAGCAUAGUUUGGAAAUGGAUGAAUUUACUGCCGAAGAUUUGUCUACGAUUGGAGGAAUCGCCACUGUUUCUUUGCUACAUUCUUUUAUCCCUACACAUUGGCUCCCUUUCUCCAUCGUUGGCCGAGCUCAGAAGUGGACUCUUUCCAGAACCUUAUUCGUCACUGCGUUUGGAGCGGUCUUACAUGUAUUGUCCACUUCAAUUCUGGGUAUAACAGCGAUUACGAUAUCGAAUACAAUUGCUGGAGAGGAAACUGUACACAAACUUGCUUCAUUGUUGCUUGUUAUUCUGGGUGGUGGUUACAUUGGGUUGUUUCUGACUGGAAAAGGUGGACACAAUCAUUCACACAAUCAGCCAAUGGAGAAAAUGGCUGUGGCAGGUUUGGUCCUUGUUCCUGCCCUUUCCCCUUGUGCCACCACCCUUCCUGUAUUUCUUGCUGUCGGAAAUUCAUCUUCCAUGAUGGUGUUAGCUAUUAUCGUACUGCUAUUCAGCACGAUAACAGUGAUGACUUCGUUAGUGGCUCUAUCGUUCUAUGGGGCGAGCCAACUUAAGUUUCAUUGGGUGGAGCGGUAUGAUAAACUUCUUGUUGGGUCAGUUCUCUGUUUAGUUGGGAUUUUGACUCUCAUUUUUCAUGAUCAUGGCAAUCACACAGGUGAGCAUUUGAACCGCAAAAUAAUUUCUCUAUGAAACUUGUAUUCGCUUUGUUUUUUUGGAAAGCAAAAGAUCGAAAUUAUUUGUUAUUUUGUUCUUCCAUUAGAUUUAAAGCAAAUGUAGGCAUAUACAUCCAUGAUCUUAGAAAUUCUGUAAUAUUGUGUUCUGAAGAAUACAAUUCAUUUUAUGUA